AUGACACUGCCCUCGGACAUUUUGGACACGGCCCAGAGUGUCUUGCAAUAUUUACGGAUAAUUUCACCAAUCACUCUCUUAUUGGCCUUUGUGAUUGCCUUUAUCGUCGGCUCAAUAUCGUCUGCCAGGCAGUUGACACCAGUUACUACACCAGCAUGUGGUCCUGGAGGACGUCCGCUACCCAAGCGGACACGGAGUACAAUGGCAGUAAUGAAAGACAAGCGAAACGUCUCGCCUCGAUUCCGAGUCGUCUUCCAAUGGCUCUCAUUAGCUGUGUUGUUGACAUUUCUGGUUGAUGCCGCGGUCAAUGUUUCGCACGCCAUUAUCGAUCGUUCCGAGCACUGGUGGCGAGGCCAGGCAACGGUGAUCUAUAUCGUCGGCUGCUUCUUUGUACAUGCUUUGGUUCUGAUCUCAUUGGUCGAUGCAAAACCAUCACCUCAAGGUGCUCAAUUCGCUACAUGGUUGCUAGCUGUACCCCUCGAUGUCGUAAUAUGGGUGGCUUCUCUAAUUAUAUACACCAAUCCGCAUCGCGAGCCAGUCGUUGGAGAUCUUUGGGGUGGUCCUUGGAGAAAUGGAAUGACCGGCUGGGAAGCCAUUGAGGUCGCAUCGAAUGCUAUCCGUGUACUCACACUUCUGGCUCUCGUUUUCCUUUACAUUGUGUCGACAAGUCAGAGCUCAAGUGGCCGCAAGGCUGAUUCGCGCCUAGCUGGAGAUGUAGCCGAAACCAGGGGUCUGUUGAGCGAAGGAACUGCAGGUUCUAACGGAUCUGCGUAUGGUGCGACCCAUGCCAACGGACACGCAUCACCAUCACAAAAACCGAUCGAUCCAUGGGUGCGACCUUCAACCGUACCAUCGACAAGCUGGUGGGAAUAUCUUAGUGGCUAUUCACUUUUCUUCCCCUACCUUUGGCCGUCCAAGUCCCGCAGGCUCCAAUUUGUCGUUGUUAUUUGUUUCGGCCUUAUAUUGCUGCAACGGGUUAUCAAUGUGAUGGUGCCUUACCAAGUGGGCGUUAUUACGGAUAUUUUGGCAGAUGAUGAAGGAAAAGGGCUACCAAUCCCGUGGUUUCAGAUCUGCGUGUACAUUUUCUACCGCUGGUUGCAAGGAAACCAGGGCCUCAUCGGAUCUUUGCGGUCUAGUUUAUGGAUCCCGGUUAGUCAGUACUCCUACAUGGAAUUGUCGACAGCCGCAUUCGAACACGUUCAUAGCUUGAGCUUGGAUUUUCACUUGGGAAAAAAGACUGGAGAGGUUUUAUCGGCUUUGAGUAAAGGCAACUCGAUCAAUACCUUUCUUGAACAGGUCACAUUUCAAGUUGUGCCAAUGUUGAUCGACGUCGGUGUUGCAAUCGGCUACUUACUCAUCUUCUUCGAUCCAUACUAUGCCUUAGUGGUGGCCAUUGUCACAUUCUGCUAUCUCUAUGUGACUGUUCGCAUGGCCCAGUGGCGGGCCGAGAUAAGGCGUCAAAUGGUGAAUGCGUCUCGUCAGGAGGAUGCCGUCAAGAACGAUUCUAUGGUCUCCUACGAAACCGUUAAAUACUUCAAUGCGGAAUCCUAUGAAUUUGAUCGGUACCGAGGCGCUGUCCGUGACUUCCAAAAUGCCGAAUAUCACGUCCUCUUCUCGCUGACAUUGAUGAAUACGAGUCAAAACACCGUCUUCAUGCUCGGCCUGUUGGUGACCUGCUUCAUCGCAGCAUACCAGGUCUCCGCGGGUGAACGACAAGUUGGCAAAUUUGUGUCUUUAUUGAUCUACAUGGCCCAACUUCAAGGACCUUUGAACUUCUUCGGAACUUUCUAUAGGUCGAUUCAGUCCGCGCUGAUCAACUCGGAGCGCAUGUUGGAACUCUUUAGAGAGCAGCCAACAGUCCGCGACUCUUCCAGUGCGAAGCCACUAACUCAUUGCAAUGGCGGAAUUGCUUUUGAGGAUGUCCAUUUUUCGUAUGACAGCCGCAAACCGGCUCUCAAUGGAUUGACAUUCGAAUGUCGGCCUGGCACGACCACCGCUUUAGUUGGAGAAUCUGGUGGUGGUAAAUCGACGGUUUUCCGCCUUCUUUUCCGAUUUUACGAUGCUCUAAGCGGCAGCAUCCGCGUUGAUGGCCAAGAUGUCAAAGAUGUGACCAUCGACUCAUUGCGUCGUCACAUUGGUGUUGUACCCCAAGAUACCGUUCUCUUCAACGAAACCUUGAUGUACAACCUGAAGUACGCAUGCCCGGGAGUGACUGAUGAGCAGGUCUAUGAAGCAUGCCGCGCAGCUAGCAUUCAUGACAAAAUCCUCACAUUCCCCGAUGGCUACCAAACAAAGGUUGGAGAGCGCGGUCUUCGCCUCAGCGGUGGAGAGAAGCAGCGUGUGGCAAUCGCUCGUACAAUAUUGAAGAAUCCUCGCAUCAUUCUUUUGGACGAAGCAACCGCUGCUCUUGAUACGGAAACCGAGGAGCAAAUUCAAGAUGCGUUGGCCACACUGUCAAAGGGUCGCACUAUGCUUGUCAUAGCUCAUAGAUUGAGCACCAUCACAGAUGCCGACCAGAUCUUGCUUCUGAACGAUGGCCAAGUAACCGAACGUGGCACUCACGAUGAACUUCGUGAAAUGAAUGGUCGCUAUGCCAGCAUGUGGCGCAAGCAGAUACGCGCACAAAGAGCAGCAGGGCUUCGCGGUGCAACGGCAACUGACGACAGCUCCAGUCAAUCAGAGGAGGAACGUAAUGCAGUACCUGACCAAAUGGACAUCAAUACAGAGCUUCAGUCGGAUCUGGUUGAACGACGCCGGCUUCAAAAUCGGCUGGCGCAGCGCAAAUUCCGUGCAGAGAAGAAGAGACGAGCAGCAGAAAACAUUCGUUCAAACACCACUCAAAGCUCGGAUGGACCUGCUCAGGCAUCUGCGCCACGAGCUGAUAUCAGCACUGGGGAUCCAGUCUUGAGUGCUACGACAAUGCUUUCUUCAUUGAAUGCGCCAACCGAGCCAAUCAGUAAUGAAGAUCGAGAAAUUGCAGAGACAGGGCUCGAUUUUCAAGUAAUUGACCGGCCUGGAUAUCAAGAGACUCACGACACCAUGUUCUUGUCACCGGACAUGGCAACUUUUCCACUAGAUUCAGUGCUUUCUGGACCAGAAGAAGAGACAACAUUAUGGGACUCAACGUCAUGGAAUAUACUCCCCAACAGUCUCUCAAGUGACAAUACCGACAUAUUUGCAUCGAAUGAAAAACAAAACGUAAGACCUGACCUGACACCUUCAACUUCCGGCCACGAAUUACUUCCCAACCAAACCGACGACGAAUCCCUAUCAGGCGUCAUCACCUUCUCAAAACAAAAAGGCUGGACUGGUGCCAUUCACAUAGCCGCUCAGAGAGGCCAUGAGCAGAUCCUCCAAGUGCUCCUUCAAAGCGGCAAUACGGAUGUCAACCAGCAAGAUAGCGAUGGACGCACACCACUUUUGCACGCAGCCAUGCAGAAUCACGAAUCUACAGUGCGUCUGCUCCUAACUCACGGGGCAAAAAUUGGAAUUCUAGAUUGCGAUGGCCGUUCGGGUAUACAUUGGGCUGUACUACGACGGAAUUUUUCGAUGCUACAGAUGCUACUGAAGCAUCGCGAUCAGUACGAGCCGAUGGUUGCGAUUGAUUUGUACGACAAUACGGGAUGGACAGCGUUACAUAUGGCUAUUUUUAGGGGCUUUGAACCAGCUAUGCUUAUGCUAAUACAGUUGGGCGCGGAUGUUAAUGCCAAAGCCCACAAAUGCCCAUUUCAGACGAAGUGA